CUGCGUCGUUUUGCCGGGAAUGCGGUACCACGUGCCUCCGGCCGGCUCGCUUGUUCCUCCAGUGCGCGAUUCAUUACUUUUCAUUCCGAAGCGAGUAGGGGCAGGGAGUAUACUCGCAAGAUGGCGGCGCGGUGGGGAGCAGGCGAGGAGACUUUAACUGCGUGCAAUAUGGAUUUUUUCCCCAUGGACACACUAGACGAGACCACCGUGCUGAGCUCUGAAGAAACUUUAGAGACCCUUCAAAGCUGCUUAGACCCCUCCAUCCUUUCUAUCUUUGAGGACACACCAACAGUAGAGACUAAAGGACUGGAUGAUGAAAGCGAAGCCACGCUGCUAACGGCCCUGACAGAGAUACUUGACAAUGUGGAUGAUGAGAACCUGUCCCCGUUUGACACACUGCCUGACUCAGACCUGUUGUCAGGUCAGAAGGGCAGGGAACACUCUCCGCUCAGGCGAUUGCUGUGUCUAUCCCGUUCCCCACCAGAGAAAGACGCACUAUUUAGUACAAGACCCCUAUCAACUGGAAAGAGCCUCCCCAGAAUAGCGGACUCUCUCCAGAGGAGUGACGGGGAGGAAGAGGAAGAUGGCUCCCUCAGUCUGAGCCCCCUGGGGAACGAUUCAUCCCCUGACAAUGACCUGCUGGACUUUGAAGGGCUGAGCCUCCCGCUGCCUCUCACAUUCGAGCAGGAGGGAGAGGAUGGUGUUUCAGUUAGUCUUGGAGACUUGGUCAGGCACAUGCACCCGUACUGUAUGGCCAUUUGUGUGGAGAACGAAGAGGGGGAACAGAUGUUGCCCGAAGGAGGCAUCUUAUUUGAGGUCGUGGACCAGGGCGAAAACGGAGAACCCAUCCUGGCCAUCCCUAACAUGGAUCUCCCAGUCUCUCUGCCUCUUAAAGAGCAGCCUUCAGAAAAUGAGCAGAAAGUUUCAGAUGAAGCUGAAGACGCCUCUGACAGUUCAGAGCAUAUAGUAGUUGAUGAUGAAGAUGUAACAGUCACUGAGGCUCCAGUGAAAGUUGCGGCCCCCAUGACGCCAGAUUUCUUUUCAGAUGUGAAAGAUGAGAUGAUCAUGAAGAGACAAAAAGAUGAGAUUAGAGAGAAAAGCCCCUCCCGGAGAAAAAAGAAAAAGAAAUCCAAGGAACAGUGCCAACCCAAACCUGCCGAGGGAAGGGUCCUUAGGAGUGGCAAAGUAAGAGAUGCAGCAGAACAAUCAUCGAAAAAGACAGAAAAAAGGUCAGUCAAAGAAGAGAAGAAACACAAACUCCCAAAGGUUCCUGUUGCCUCAGCACCAGCUUCUUCCUCUGUAACUAAGAAACUAACUCCAAGCCAAAAUGAAGCAAAAAAAGGAAUCGCCACUACAACACUAUCACCUGAAACGAAAGUGCAAGCUGCCACAUCUGUGUCACCCAGACAGGAAGAGGCUCCGUUAACUGCUGGCUUUAAAAGUCAGCCUGCUGCUGUGAGCACCCCACAGCCUGCUGAAAAACCCAAACAGCUGGCUUCGACCCCCGAGAAGGUGGAAGACUCAUCUGCAGCUCCCUCUACUGUCCUGGCCCCAGUGUCUUCAGAGAGCCCUGCAGCUGCUCCUGGUCCUGUAACACCCCAGGCUACACCACCUGUUAGUGAGCCGCUCCCUCCUGUGCCCCCUGCAGCCUCAGAGCCCAAGCCCAAGUCACUCAGUCUAGCUGAGUACCGGCGACUCCGACAGCAGAAGAAGCCGACUCCGGUGGAGAAACAAGACAGCAACAACAGCACCAAGUGGCCAAGCCUCCCCGAGCUGCCUAAAGAGCUCCCCCCUAUUCCCUGCCUCCCAGACCCCUGCCCAAAGGAUCCUCGACGUGCCAUUCCCCAGGUGGCGAAGAAGGAAGUAGUGGAUGUCAGGCCUGCCUGGCAGCCAAGGGGACCGUGUGCACCACCCACCCCUGAGGCUCUGUUGGUUCCACCAGCCUACAUGGUUGCGUCAUCCAGCAAAGUUUCUGCUGCUACUCCUGCUCCUAAACCCCAGCAAACACCUGAACUUUCAAAACCUUCUCCACCUGAGAACUCCUUAGCUCCUGCCCCCAGUUCAGUGAAUUUACCCCCACAUCAACACAACGGUGCCGUUCCUUGUGUGCCUCAGAGCGCUGGCUCUCCAGCUCCUCCAAAACCCAACACUCAGUGCAUUUCAUCAUCAGAUAGGAAAUGUUCUCCAGCAAUUUUAGGGGAGAAGAAUGAAGUCGACAAAAGCCCCCAGUCUCAGCCUUCAUCUCCUCAGUCUGUGGAGCUUCCUAAAACCUGUCCCAAAACCACUACAGAGGCGGUCAAACCCCCAGCUGCUACCCUGUGUGCUGCUAGAGCCCCGCAGAAAGUCACUGUUGUUUUAUCGAAGGUGCCUGAGGUCACUGCUCCUGCCUUGAUAGAUAAUGCCCUCACAUCUGAUGUCAAGUUCUCCAAACCCACAGACAAUGAUACUAGACUAGCCCUUCAUCACUCAGACUCCAAAACCCUGAAGGUAGAACCUGUUGUGCUUGAAACUAAAGAGAAACCCACUACAGCAGUGAAGCCCCAAAAGGCAAAGAGCCCCACGCAGGAGCUGAUUGAGGCCUUCACCAGUGAGAUAGGUAUUGAAGCUGCUGAUCUGACCAGCUUGCUGGAGCAGUUUGAGGAAACCCAAGCCAAAGAGGAGCAUUGUGUGCCGGAGGUCUCUGGUAGAGCAGCAGCUGUAGGAAACUCUAGUGUUGAGUUGGCUCCAGAGAAAACGGUUGUGGAGCGCGUGAGAGCUAAUGACCUCUCAAGCACUGCAGCCUUGACUCCUCCAGCCACUCCUCCUCACCAGAUGUGGAGACCCCUGGCCCCAGUGGCACUCCUGGGAAAGAGCAAGGCUGCUGAGGCCUCCAAGUCUAUCCCCUCCAAGGUUAUUCAGAUAGAGGCCCGGCCUCUGCCCUCAGUCAAGGCCCGCAGCAGACCCACUCCUGCUGCGGCCACUGUUUCCUCUGAAGUGGCAUGCAUGGACCAUGACUAUUGCCUCCCCAACAAAAGCACUGGAGAGCCAGGCAAGCGCUGGAAUGUCAAACAGCAAUCUUUUAUCACUAUUAAACCCAUCAAGCCCGCUGCAACCACUACACAAACACCCACGGCUGCCCUGAUAUCAUCUGCCCAGUCUACCACAAAAGCUGCAGGUUCAACCAAAACACAGUAUGUUCCACUGACGAAGCCCCUGGAUCACAGGCCUGAAGGGGUGGAGGAAAGCUCAAUACUGGAGACACCUGAUGCUUCACCUGCACGGGAGGAGACUGAAGCUAAAGAGGCAAACUCAAGGAGGGGGCCUUUUGGGAGGUCAUAUCGUCGACAUGGUGCUUCUCGCACACCCAGCCCCAGAUCUAGUCCCAAAGAGAGGAGCACAGGCCGGUCAAGAAAAAGAAGAUCUCAUCGUUCUCCCAGCCCCAUGUCCAGCAGUUCAGAGUCAGACUCCCAUUCCUCUAGAUCUCGGUCUAGAUCACACUCUCCAUCUAAGAAAAGGUAUCGUCGCUGUCUCUCUAGGAGUAGCUCCAGCUCCUCAUCCUGUUCCUCCUCUAGGUCCUCUCCCUCUGUGUCCCGCUCCCCUCCCAGGAGAAGAAGGUACUCGUAUUCCUCCUCUCGCUCUGGCUCUUGGAGUUGCUCCAGGUCGCGGUCACGAUCCCCUCAGAGACGAUCACAGUGGGGUAGCAGCAGAACAUUGUACAGACCCUCAUGUAGGCCUGCCUGUGGUCCCAGUGCACAGCCAAAUGUGGAAAGGGGGAAGAAAUGGAAGGAGAAAGCCAUUGAGGAACGCCGGGUUGUUUACGUUGGUCGAAUUCGGGGAACAAUGACUCAGAAAGAGCUUAAAGAGCGCUUCUCUUAUUUUGGCGAGAUUGAAGAAUGCACCCUGCACUUUAGAGACCAUGGGGACAACUAUGGGUUUGUGACUUAUUACGACACCAAGGAUGCUUUCACGGCCAUCGAGAAUGGGAGCAAGCUGCGCAAGCCAGAUGAGCUGCCAUUUGAUCUCUGUUUUGGUGGGAGGAGACAGUUCUGCCAGAGCAGUUACGCCGACCUGGAUUCAAGUAGAGAGUACGAUCCAUUGCCUGGGAAAGGCAAGUAUCAUGCACUAGACUUUGACACUUUACUAAAGCAGGCCCAGCAGAAUCUGAAGAGGUAACAGGAGGCCUGCAGCAGGAAGCAGCUGACACUUACCUCAGAGCCAACGGUUGGCUCCUCACCUGCAACACUGUCUUUACAUUUUAGUUGUUGCAUUACUUUUGCAUAAUUUCUUUUGUUUUUAUUUGUUUCUGCAAGCUAACACCUUCUAUUGAAGUGAAGAUUUGUAAUGAAAGUAGUAAAAGAAAAAAAAUGGAAUAAGAAAAGUAAAAUAAUUUUUUAAAAGUUUAUUUAAAUGUUAAAUCAAAGUCAAAUUGUAUGGAGAGAAGCAUUUUUAAAAAGGGGAACGGGAAGAGGAAUGGAAUUCCCUUACUGGGAAAGAUUGUAAUACAUUUGAAUGUACUACACAUCUAAAUAAAUAAUAAUAAUAAAAAAAACAUGAAAUCUG